AUGGAGCUCUCCGAUGUGCGCUGCCUGAGCGGCAGCGAGGAACUCUACACCAUUCACCCGACGCCCCCGGCCGGCGACGGCGGGAGCGGCUCCCGGCCGCAGCGGCUGCUGUGGCAGACGGCGGUGAGGCACAUCACCGAGCAGCGCUUCAUUCACGGGCACCGGGGCAGCGGCGGCGGCAGCGGGAGUAGAGGCUCCGGCAAAGCCUCGGACGCUGCAGGCGGCGGCCCCAACCACCACGCGGCGCAGCUGUCCGGGGACUCGGCGCUGCCCCUCUACUCGCUGGGCCCCGGGGAGAGAGCGCACAGCUCCGGUGGCACCAAAGUCUUCCCGGAACGCAGCGGGAGCGGCAGCGGCAGCGGCAGCGGGGGCGGGGGCGAUCUGGGCUUCCUGCACCUGGACUGCGCCCCGAGCAACUCGGAUUUCUUCCUCAAUGGGGGCUAUAGCUACCGAGGGGUCAUUUUCCCCACUCUGCGCAACUCCUUCAAGUCCAGGGAUCUGGAGCGCCUCUACCAGCGCUAUUUCCUGGGCCAGAGGCGCAAAUCCGAGGUGGUGAUGAACGUGCUGGACGUGCUGACCAAACUCACCCUCUUGGUCCUCCACCUGAGCCUGGCCUCGGCCCCCAUGGACCCGCUCAAGGGCAUUCUCCUGGGCUUCUUCACUGGCAUCGAGGUGGUGAUCUGCGCGCUCGUGGUGGUCAGGAAGGACACCACCUCGCACACGUACCUGCAGUACAGCGGCGUGGUCACUUGGGUGGCCAUGACCACCCAGAUCUUGGCAGCAGGCCUCGGCUACGGGCUUCUGGGUGAUGGCAUCGGCUACGUCCUCUUCACGCUGUUCGCCACCUACAGCAUGCUGCCGCUGCCGCUCACCUGGGCCAUCCUGGCCGGCCUGGGCACCUCGCUGCUGCAGGUGGUCGUGCAGGUGGCCAUUCCCCGGCUGGCGGUCAUCUCCAUCAACCAGGUGAUGGCCCAGGCAGUGCUGUUCAUGUGUAUGAACACGGCUGGAACCUUCAUCAGUUACCUGUCAGACCGGGCCCAGCGCCAAGCCUUCCUGGAGACACGGAGGUGUGUGGAGGCCAGGCUGCGCCUGGAGACGGAAAACCAAAGACAGGAGCGGCUCGUGCUGUCUGUGCUUCCCCGGUUUGUCGUCCUGGAAAUGAUCAAUGACAUGACCAAUGUUGAAGACGAGCACCUGCAGCACCAAUUCCAUCGGAUCUACAUCCACCGCUAUGAGAAUGUCAGUAUUCUUUUCGCAGAUGUGAAAGGAUUUACCAACCUCUCCACAACCUUGUCUGCCCAGGAGCUGGUCAGGAUGCUCAACGAGCUCUUUGCCAGAUUUGAUCGACUGGCCCACGAGCAUCACUGCCUUCGCAUUAAAAUCCUGGGGGACUGUUACUACUGUGUUUCAGGGCUUCCAGAGCCCCGCCAGGACCACGCCCACUGCUGCGUUGAAAUGGGCCUCAGCAUGAUCAAAACCAUCAGGUAUGUGAGGUCAAGGACGAAGCAUGAUGUUGACAUGCGGAUCGGAAUCCACUCGGGCUCGGUGCUGUGUGGCGUGUUGGGUCUGAGAAAGUGGCAGUUUGAUGUCUGGUCUUGGGAUGUGGACAUCGCGAACAAACUUGAGUCUGGAGGAAUCCCUGGGAGGAUUCACAUUUCCAAAGCCACGCUGGACUGCCUCAACGGUGACUAUAAUGUGGAAGAGGGUCAUGGUAAAGAGAGAAACGAAUUCUUGAGGAAGCAUAACAUAGAGACCUAUUUGAUUAAGCAGCCUGAGGAGAGUCUACUGACGUUGCCCGAAGACAUUGUCAAGGAGUCGGUGAGCUUCUCAGACAGGAGAAACAGUGGGGCGACAUUCACAGAAGGAUCCUGGAGCCCCGAACUGCCCUUUGAUAACAUAGUGGGGAAACAGAACACUCUGGCUGCCCUAACAAGAAAUUCAAUAAAUCUACUUCCAAACCAUCUUGCACAAGCUUUGCAUGUCCAGUCUGGGCCUGAGGAAAUUAACAAGAGAAUAGAACAUACCAUCGACUUGCGGAGUGGCGAUAAAUUGAGAAGAGAGCAUAUCAAGCCAUUCUCACUGAUGUUUAAAGACUCCAGCCUGGAGCACAAGUAUUCUCAAAUGAGGGACGAAGUAUUCAAGUCAAACUUGGUCUGUGCAUUUAUCGUUCUCCUAUUUAUCACGGCAAUCCAAAGUUUGCUUCCUUCUUCAAGGGUGAUGCCAAUGGCCAUCCAGUUUUCCAUCCUGAUCAUGCUGCACUCGGCUCUGGUCCUCAUCACCACGGCAGAAGAUUACAAGUGUUUGCCUCUGGUCCUCCGGAAAACUUGCUGUUGGAUUAACGAGACCUACUUAGCCCGGAACGUCAUCAUCUUUGCAUCCAUCUUGAUUAACUUCCUGGGCGCCAUCUUGAAUAUCCUGUGGUGUGAUUUUGACAAGUCGAUACCCUUGAAGAACCUGACUUUCAAUUCCUCAGCUGUGUUUACAGAUAUCUGCUCCUGCCCAGAGUACUUCGUCUUCACUGGGGUGUUGGCCAUGGUGACCUGUGCGGUUUUCCUCCGCCUGAACUCUGUCCUGAAGCUGGCCGUGCUGCUGAUUAUGAUUGCCAUCUACGCGCUGCUGACUGAGACCGUCUACGCGGGCCUCUUCCUGCGCUAUGACAACCUAAACCACAGCGGAGAUUUCUUUGUGCAAACCACGGGGAUAAGUAUAUUAUACUCACCUGUUUCCCUUCUCUUCUUUCUCUCUCGUGCCCGGCAGCUGGAGUACACGGCCCGCCUGGACUUCCUUUGGCGAGUGCAGGCCAAAGAGGAGAUCAACGAGAUGAAGGAGCUCAGGGAGCACAAUGAGAACAUGCUCCGGAACAUUCUACCCAGCCACGUGGCCCGCCACUUCCUGGAGAAAGACCGAGACAACGAGGAGCUGUAUUCCCAAUCUUAUGAUGCCGUUGGGGUGAUGUUCGCCUCCAUCCCGGGGUUUGCAGACUUUUACUCUCAGACUGAGAUGAAUAACCAGGGAGUAGAAUGCCUGCGUCUGUUGAAUGAGAUCAUUGCUGACUUCGAUGAGCUGCUAGGCGAAGACCGGUUUCAGGACAUUGAAAAGAUUAAGACCAUCGGCAGCACCUACAUGGCCGUGUCGGGCCUGUCACCUGAAAAACAGCAAUGUGAAGACAAGUGGGGACAUCUGUGUGCCCUGGCCGACUUCUCCCUCGCCCUGACCGAAAGCAUACAGGAGAUCAACAAACAUUCCUUCAACAAUUUCGAACUCCGGAUUGGCAUCAGUCACGGCUCCGUGGUAGCUGGGGUCAUCGGCGCUAAGAAGCCACAGUAUGACAUUUGGGGCAAAACUGUGAACCUGGCGAGCCGAAUGGACAGCACAGGGGUCAGCGGCAGGAUCCAAGUCCCCGAGGAGACCUAUCUCAUCCUGAAGGACCAGGGCUUUGCCUUCGACUACCGAGGGGAGAUCUACGUGAAGGGCAUCAGUGAGCAGGAAGGGAAAAUCAAAACGUACUUUCUCCUGGGAAGAGUCCAACCCAACCCGUUCAUCCUGCCCCCGAGAAGACUGCCCGGGCAGUACUCACUGGCCGCAGUCGUCCUGGGCCUUGUCCAGUCCCUCAACAGGCAAAGGCAGAAGCAGUUGCUCAAUGAGAACAUCAACACAGGGAUCAUCAAGGGCCACUACAACCGGCGGACUUUGCUGACACCCAGUGGGCCAGAGCCCGGGGCCCAGGCUGAGGGCGCCGACAAGUCCGAUUUGCCAUGA